UCGCCGUCAUCAGGUAUGGGUGGGCAGUCCUCGGCCUUGGACACCAAAGUGCACAUGCUGAUCGUAACCGCCGAGAUCCUCGUCGUCAGCGACGAGGACGACUGGGAGUACAUGGCGUGCCACUACAUGGUGGAGGCGUUCGUGGACGUGUCGCGGCUGAGCCAGGACGACCACGGCGGGCUGAGGGUGUGCGUCCUUAGCCCCGUGUUCCAACAGCGAGCGGGCGCGUUCAUCCGCGAGCUGCACCGCCUCAGUGCCAAGACGUGCCUCUACUUCACGCUGUACCCGUGCGCGGACCUGUGGCGCCGGGAGGAGCGGUUCGCACCCAAGGGCGCCGAGGACACCAGGCGGGACCUGCGCUUCCUGCACAAGCAGGCGCCCGCCGCCGCCGAUCUCCCGGGGCCGCUGCCGUGCCUCAGCGUGCCUACCGUGCUGGACGAGCUCAUGCCCGUGGCGCCGCGACCACCACCCAACGGGCUGCACCAGCAGCUCGACGUGGAGGCCGAGCGUGUCCAGGACGACGGUGCACAGCCUGAGGAGGGCGAACAGCAGGGGGUGCUGGGGGCCGCCGACCGUCGGGAGCCCCCCUACGCGCUGUACCUGUCCACGCCUAGACUUUUGUCCAUGCCCAAGGCCUGCGUCAACGUGCGGGUGGUGGUAGUUGGCGCGUCCGACACCGCGCUCUCCUUUCUCGAAACCCUGGUCUUCAGCUCGCCGGAGGUCCGGUACAACAACCUGACGCUGGUGUCGCGCCACGGGCUGCCCGGCGAGACGGACAUCGGCAGCCUGGCGGACCACUUCCUGCCGUACCGCGGCCGCUACGACCACCGGCAGCUGGCGCGGCUGCAGCUGGGGGCGUGGGUCAACGUGGCGCACGGCAUGGUCACCAGGAUCCGGAGGGCCGAGCGCCUCGUCGAGGUGGAUGGCAAGACGUCCCUGCCCUACGACUACCUCUUCCUCUUCUGCGGCCAGCAGCUGUGCUCGCCGCGGCUCCUGGCGCAGGACACCCAGGCCUGCAAGCACUACCCCACGGGAAGAGGCUGGCCCGCCGCCAUAGGUGCCGCGGAGCCGGGGGCGGCGCGCCGAGAGCAGCCCGCCGAGGACACGCCGCAGGACGGCGAGGAGGAGGCGUCGGUGUCGGACAUGUCGAGCUCGAUGGCGGAAACCUCGGUGACGACAAACGACGUUCACAACCACCUUUGCUCGUGCACCACAUCGAAGCAAGGUCGCUCAUGACUCGCCUCGGCCACCAGAACGAAACGG